AUGGUCCCUGCAGGACGAGUGGCCAUCUCCUCCGUCUUUAUGGGCGAGCCCCGCGGGGGCCAAGGGCCCCUCCGAAUGAGGAUCCUGAGGGCCUUAAGUGCCGCAGUGUGGCCGCACCAGAGGACGGUCUGGGUGUCCAGAGUGUGUCGGCUCUGGAACACGGCGGCCACCAGCCCCGGCCUGUGGCGCAGUGUGUCCAUGGGGUUCUGUUGGAUAACGCCCAGCAAGACGCAGACGCCCAGAACAGAGGAAAAGAUAAAGAACACCGUCGGUUGGCUGGCCUCAGAUAGAUUCAGCCAGCUUAGAGAAUUCACUCUUAACCACUGGAAGAAGAAUGUUGACUACGCUGUAAAAGUUGUGUCCCAGUCGUGCCCUCAGCUUGCCUCCCUCAAUCUGUCCUACUGCACGGGCGUGACUGGACAGGCCUUCCUGAGCCUGGCAGAGAACAGCCCCUCUCUACAGAGCAUCAACAUGCAGUACUCGGAGUACCAGGUGGAAGGUCUCGCUCAGCUGCUGAAGACCAACGGCGGCAAGAUCAGGAAGUUCCUCUUCACGCACGGGUCCAGGAACGACAUGCUGCUGGCCGCUCUCUCCAGAGGAUGCUGCCCAGAUCUAGAGUUCCUGGAGAUCAACUGGAAUGUCCAGAAAGGCGGGUUUUGCGAGCUUCCUAUCCACAUCCAAGCAUUGCAGCAUGGCUGCCCCAAGCUGAAGACGUUCCGGUUGCUGAACGUCGUCCUGGGGCGUAAGACGAUCAGGAACGCGGAGGUCUCUGCGCUGGGCUUCCCCCAGCUGGAGGAGCUGUGCAUGGCCACCUCCUCCAGCUGCCCGACCAGCGACCGCGACCUGUGGGACCUGCUGCUGGCCUCCCCCAAGCUGCGUGUGCUGGACCUGCGAGGCUGCUUUUAUAUUAGUGCACCCGGGCUGGCGGCCCUGCCCUGUGAAGGUAGGCCGGAGGCCGCUUUAAAGCUGGAGUGUCUGUUCUGGGGUCAGUACUUUAACUCCAAGUGUAACUCCUGGCCGCCCCCGGCCAGGAAGGACCUCCACAAGCUGACGGAGAAGUGGAGCCGCAGCUUGCGGGAGCUGGACCUGGCCAACCAGCUGUUCAGCGAGGAGGACCUGGAGCUGGCCCUGGGCCACCUGGCCCGGGCCCCGGACGCCGACACCCUGCGGUCCCUCAACCUCAGCGGGACCCGGAUCAGCGCCCCUGCCCUCAGGUUGAUUAUUCAGCAGUCGACAGCGCUCAGCUAUCUCAAUGUAACCUCGUGUCGCAAUCUUCCCCGUGGCCAGAAGAGGGUGCACCGCGGCCAUGAGGAAAUCAGUCAGUUGCUGGUGGCGCUGCAGUAGCUCAGGGGCUUAAUUUUUUUUAUAUUCAUAAAGCCAAUCUUUG